AAGGUCGUUUGUGAAAUUCUCUCAUCAGCACUGGUGGUGCCAGAGUGAGCUUCUCCAAAUCCUUGUCUUGUCCGUUAUUUCUUUGUACAACCUUGUCCUGGAGCUGGGCUGAUGAGUUUGGAGGAUACUGGUUUGCAGUAGGCUGCGGGCCUAGGGUCUCUAUCCUUGAGAUCCUUGGCUUACAAUUUGCCGAGGAGGAGGGUGUCUCUGGUUGUCUUCCUGUCUUCCUUGUCCUAGGUUUACCUCCUCGAGGCUGGCGAUGUGUUCUUGUUGAACAGCUAUGGAGGAUGUCUGCCCGUCUAUCAAGAUGAAAUGCCUAGAAGGCCCACACUUAAUAAACCUAGGACUGAGCAAGCCCUGUGGGCCACUGACUCCUCAGGAGGAGCUGGUGCCUACCUCUCAGACAGCAGAGGAGGAAGAGAAUGAGGAGCAACCGGGGGAAGAGGCUCUGGAUCCGGAUUGGGCCCCAGACCUUGAGGAGGAAGAGAAUGACCUCAGGGAUCCAGCUGUACUCAGUGCUGUCUAUAAUACCCAGAGAGGCCUUCCUGGCUCCUCCAGAGUCAAGGCUCCUGGUGUGCUGGGGAUGUCAUCUGCCUCCUUGCAAUUCCUGUGGCAGACCUUGGACUUCCCAUCACCAAUCCCUUUCCGGCCUACGGGGCCCAAGGCCAGCUCUCCAGCACAGCACUGCAGACCUCGACUGCCCUCGCCAGACCCGUCUCUCUACCACAGCCCACCAGCCUCAUGGUCUCUUAGGUUCAGUCUUCCUAGUCAUCUGACCCAGCUCCAUCCGUGGCACCAACGGAUCUUGCAGCAGCAGCAGCAGCAGCAUGGCCAAAUGCUGAGUCCUCCAGCCAAGAAGCCUUGGUCUCAGCAGCCAGACCCCUAUGCGAACCUCAUGACUGGAAAAGAGAAGGAGUGGGUGAUAAAAGUGCAAAUGGCUCAGCUGCAGAGUGAGACCCCUCGCUUGGAUGACUACUAUUAUCAGGAAUAUUAUCAGAAAGUAGAGGAGCAGCAGGCAAAUGAAGAGCUACUUGGGCAAAGGAGCAGAGUUGAAUCUCUCAAACUGGUAACUCCUUACGUCCAGAAGGCAGAGGCUUAUGAGUCAGUGGUUCGAAUUGAGGGUUCCCUGGGCCAGGUAGCCAUAUCCACUUGUUUUAGCCCUCGCCGAGCUAUAGACGCCGUACCCCAUGGAACACAAGAGCAGGACACGGGGGCUGCAAAUGGUCAGAGACUCCGGGUAUUACAUCGGAUUGAGAAGAUGUUCCUUCAAUUACUAGAGAUAGAGAAGGGCCAGAAAGAUGGGGCUCCACAGCCCUGGUCCUCUGAGCAGAAGGGUCUUGAAGCUGAGAAGCUCUUCCAGACCCUGAUGGCCCAGGAGCAGAAUAACCUGGAGGAGGUGGCAGAUGGCUUUCUGCAGGUGCUCUCUGUGAGGAAGGGGAAAGCCCUGGUGGCCCGGCUGCUCCCCUUCCUGCCCCAUCAUCGAGCUGUUAGCCUUCUUCUGGCUAUCACCCACAAUCUGCCCUUCCUGGUCCGGAGGGACGUGGCUGAUCAGGCCCUGCAAAUGUUGUUCAGACCUCUGUGGAAAUGCAUACGUCAUUUGACCUUCCAAGAACUCCUGCAAGGACUUCAGGGACUGAUGCUGCUACCAACUCCCUCAGAAAGGCCCAUCACUGUGGUGCUUCAGAAUCAGUUUGGAAUAUCUCUGCUCUAUGCCCUGCUGAGUCACGGGGAACAGCUGGCGUCUCUGGACUCUUCCGUAGAGGGAUCCAACAGGGACCAUACAGCUUGGACGACUGGACUGAACUAACCCUUCACAGUUGUGAAUACAGAUGGCAUUUAAGCUUAAACAAGGAAAACAAGGAAAGCACUAAGCUUUGGUGUUGCCUGGCCCACACCAAACAUGCAACUAAAUGUUCUCUUAAUUGCUACAGGGGUGGGGGAGUAGUGCUUUGUUUUUUAAGUUUAGAUUGUGACCUGAUACCAAGGAUAAUAAAGAACCUUUGCCUUGUGUCUUGGGUUCUUGCUUCAUUAUAUCAAGGCUGAAUAAGGAAAGACAGUCUAUGUUACUCACUUCUAACACAUUUCUU